CAGGAUGGAUGCAUGGAGAAGGGGACGAACCGCCUUGCACAGGGAAAAGACGAUGUGAGCCAGCCCCGCUCCGGUGGUCCAUGUGAGCAGAAUCAGCCUUACCUCAGAGUGGGGUCUGAGACUUCCCUGCUUUUCUGCGGGGGUCUCUGCAGACGGGAGAUCCCUUUCCUGUGGGACGGGAGUUCCUCAUGCCCGGCGCUGGCAAAGUUUGGAGCAGAGGACGGACACCUCAUCAUUCCCAACUCUGUGAGCCAGCAGCCGAGUCGUGUUCUCCCCACACCUAGACCUCCUCGCCAGCAUGCCUGGACCCUUCUUGCCUGGGCAAAGGAACAGUGCAGCCCUUUUCUCCGGCCAGACUGACUCGGAGGCUGUGAGAGCUCUCCUCAUCUCCUGCACUGCAGGAGGAGAGCCUGGGGCAUUGGUGACUGGGGACACCAGAGAAAGCCACCUUUCCCUGGGGAUCCUGGAAGGGGACCAGGGUGGCUGACCGAUUCCCAGGGCUGGUUCCCCAGGCUGGAGCCGGUGAUAAUGCCAAGCUGUGCCAAUGCCGAGCCGUGCCGGGUGGGUGGGUGACAAUGGGUGGGUGACUCCAGGGAGCAGACCGAAAGGUGCCCCUGGCUAAUCAGCUCCCACCCACCGUGUUUGCCCGGCAGUGCCCGAGUGGCUUCUGGUCCCACCCGGCGUUGCCGCUGUGAGCGUUUGGAGAGAGGAGAGGGAGCUCUGCAGAGCCGGUGUGGGUGACAGCCUUGCCCAGGCUGGGACACUCUCCUCGCCAGUGCUGCACCUUGCCAGGAGCUGGGGACCCCAUCUCAGCACUCUGGACACCUCAGAACACCGUGCUCAGGGCAGGGAGGGCUCAGAGGGAGACACCAGGAGCUGCGGUCAUCCCAAAAACAGGAGAGCAGGGCAGCUCUGGAGCCGGACUCUGGCUGUCCCCAAGCCCAGUGGCUGGCGUCCCACUCCCUGAGUGUCCCCAACACUGGUGACAAGGUUCCAAAACCGCUCCCAAUGCUGGUCAGGGAGCCCAACAUCCACCUCAAAGGGGCACAAGGCUGGAGAUGAGGGGUCUGAACCUGCACGAGGGUGGUGCAGCACCUGGAGUACCCCACGGAAAGGUUUUGCCCACUGCAGCGGCAGCCCCUGUUUGCAGAGGCAUCGCUCGAUAAACGGGUGAGUCCUGGGGGUGCCUCUGAGCGCUGACAUGGCUGCGGGUGUCAUCCAGCCCCUGGCCGAGCUGCGGCUGCCCUCGCCCUUCCCGCACGGCCUCCUGCUGCCCACGCACCCUGAGCCCGACUUCCCCAACCUCUCUGAGGAAGAGGAGGAAGAAGAGGAGGAGGACGACGUGGAAGCAGUGGAGGAGAGCGUGAGGUCAGAGCUGGCCAGUGUCUCCAGCACUGCCGAGACCACCCUGCGUCUCCUCAAGUUUUCAGAGUUCAUCAGCUGUGACAUCCAGCGCUACUUCGGGCGGCGGGGCCGGGAGGAGGCCACCAGCAGCCGCCCCGUGCCUGAGGACUGCGGCUCACCACAGAGCGCUGAGGCUGUGCCUGAGGUAACGGCCCCACGGGACGGCCCAGGGGCCACACACAGGCUGGGGCCACUGGCCGAGCUCUUUGAGUAUGGCGUGCACCGGUGCCUGCCUGCCCGGGUGGCCGGCGGCAAGACACAGCGGCUGGAGAGGAAGUAUGGCCACAUCACCCCCAUGCACUGCCGGAAGCUGCCGCCCUCCUUCUGGAAAGAGCCAGGCCCAGGCCCCGCCAGCCUCCUCCACACUGGUACCCCUGACUUCAGCGACCUCCUGGCCAACUGGACAGUAGAGCCAGGGCCAGAGCUGCCAGGCACUGGGCAGGAGUUGCUGGGUCGCCCGGGGCUGGAGGCAGAGCCCUUUGCUGGGCUGUGACCCCACUGCGGCCCCACCGUGGCCCCGGGGGCCCUGGUCCCGCCACGUGCCACCCAGUUAAUGAUAAACCCGGUGGCCUCAGUGCCAGCACCAGGGCACUCAGAGCUGCCGGGUCGAAACUGGUGA